AAACCCUAGCUUAUUCACACACCCUCGAGUUUCCUCCCUCUGCGUCUCUACUCGAAGAAAGCUCGCCCCCACAGCUCCAAAAUGAUUAUGUCAGAGGAAAACCGCAGAGAAAUCUGCAAGUACCUUUUCAAAGAAGGAGUUUUGUUCGCGAAGAAAGACUUCAACCUAGCGAAGCACCCUUUGAUUGAGUCGGUACCGAACCUGCAAGUGAUCAAGCUGAUGCAAUCCUUCAAGUCCAAGGAGUACGUUAGGGAGACGUUCGCCUGGAUGCAUUACUAUUGGUUUCUCACCAACGAAGGGAUUGAGUUCUUGAGGACUUACCUCAACCUUCCUUCUGAUGUUGUUCCCGCUACUCUGAAGAAGUCUGCUAAGCCCAUUGGGCGUCCCUUUGGUGGUGGCCCACCUGGCGAUCGCCCAAGAGGACCUAGGUUUGAAGGUGGAGACCGUCCUAGGUACGGUGACCGUGAUGGGUACCGCCGUGGUGGUGAAGGUGAAAAGGGUGGAGCUCCAGCUGAUUACCAGCCUUCUUUCCAGGGAAGUGGUGGUAGGCCUGGUUUUGGCCGUGGUGCUGGAGGUUACAGCGCGGCUGCACCAUCUGGUUCAGGCUUGCCUUGAAAGAGAAAUGGUUUUUAGUCGACAGUAAGAGGCUAUGGAGGACUUGUUUCAGCUUUUAAUUUUGCUUUUGUAAUUCGAAUUCUGGAGUAUCUUCAUGUUUUUUUUAUCUGAGUUAAGUUUCGUUGUUGGAGCAAACAUCCGUUCUUAAAUUAAUGUUUCCCUUCCAUCU